GCCCGAGUGGGGAGGGGGGCACUUAAGGACUGUCAGAGCGCCCGCGACCCGGAGAGAGAGAAAGGAGGGAUCUAGAAACCGUCACAUCGAUCGGGGAUUUAGAUGGUCCGGGGGCACUUAGAAACUGUCAAACGUCCCAGAAAUGAGAAUGAAAGGGAUGUGUGGAGAGAGCGAGCGAGAGAGAGAGAAAAAGAGAGAGAGGGGGAGAGAGAGAGAGAGAGAGAGAGAGAGAGAGAGAGAGAGAGAGAGAGAGAGAGAGAACUCUCCCCGGAUGAAAAGGAGAGCUUAACCUGUCCAAAGUGGGCAACUAUAAGGAAGUGCCAGGCGAGGAUCGGAACCACGGGCGAGUAGGAGGAGGAAAAGGAGAGAGGGUCGGCAGCAAUGCCUCUCCUCUCAAGUCCCCGCGUUGCUUAAAUGGCCAUCUCUGAACCCGACGCGGCUCAGCAGCCCUUGCUCGACUCCCAAAGGCGCCCGAGCCGCCCCCUCCCCGCUGGCCGCUCCCAGCAGCCCCUCCCCUGCCAGAUGCAUUAUUAAAACCACCUCGCAAUUUGCCUCCCGGGGAAGGUAACCAGAAGGGGGGAAGGUGGCUGCGCAAAGGGGACUUUGUGUCUUUAAGGGGCUGUCAGAUCCCUCUUCCCCACGCCCCACGCCCCCCGGGGCGCCCCCUCCCCUCCGGCUUUCAAAGAGAGCUGCCAGCGCUUAAAAGGUUUGACACACGGAGGCGAGCGAGGCUGGGCUGCUCCGCGCUUACACGAGACGAGCGCGCAGAACUCCUCGCUCUCUUUUCCCCCUUUGGUGACAGCCCUUUUGCCAGGAGAUCUUUUGUUGCCUCCGCAGCCAAUCAAGGCUUUUUACGACACAGUUCAGUUGGGAUAUAAAAGGAGAGUCCUUUUUUUUUCCCCUCUCCCCCCCCCACCCCGGCCUUUCCUUUCCCCCAACCAGCAAGUCACCCACCAUCUCCAACCCAAAGAACUUCUAGCCAUCAGAAGAGCAGCAGCAGCACCACCACCACCAACAACCAGCACCCAGCAGCUGCGGCUCGCCAUCCCUCCCCAUCCCCCCUGCACGGCCAAAGCAGGGCGAUUUUUUUUGUUUGUUUGCAAGAGAAAGGACCGGGCUUUGGUGCGGGCGGGGGGCGGGAGGGUGCACCGCGCAGCUCGCCCACCAUGCGGGUGCCCAGGUCUCGUGUGCUCUUUUGCUGCCUGGUGCUGUCCUUGGAGUUCUGCGCGGGGGAGCCGGCGGAGCGAGGGGCGGAUAAAGCGCCCACGGUGGGAGUCCCCUUGGUGACAGAGGCAGAGGACCAGGGCUGCCCGGUGUGUCUGUGGCGGAAGCACAGCAAGGAGAUGAGGCUGGAGAGCAUCAAGUCGCAGAUCCUCAGCAAGCUGAGGCUCAAAGAGGCGCCCAACAUCACCCGAGAGGUGGUCAACCAGUUGUUGCCCAAAGCGCCUCCGCUGCAGCAGAUCUUGGACUUGCACGACUUCCAGGGGGACUCCUUCCAGCACGACGACUAUCUGGAGGAAGACGAGUACCAUGCCACCACCGAGACUGUCAUCAGCAUGGCACAAGAAACGGACUCUGUGGUACAGAUUGAAGGCAACCCGCACUGCUGUUUCUUCAACUUCAGCCCCAAGAUCAUGUUCACCAAGGUAGUAAAGGCACAGCUGUGGGUGUACCUGCGGCCUGUUCAGCAUACCUCCACGGUCUACCUACAGAUCCUGCGUCUCAAACCAGUGACGGAGGAUGGGAGCCGCCAUAUUCGUAUCCGCUCACUCAAGAUUGACCUGAAUUCCCGCAUUGGCCACUGGCAGAGCAUUGACUUCAAGCAUGUACUGCAGAACUGGUUCAAGCAGCCUCAGAACAACUGGGGUAUCGAGAUCAACGCUUUUGAUCCCAAUGGCAAUGACCUGGCCGUCACCUCUCUUGGGCCUGGUGCUGAAGGCCUGCACCCUUUCAUGGAGCUGCGUGUGCUGGAGAACAACAAACGGUCCCGGAGGAACCUGGGACUAGACUGCGACGAGCACUCAACUGAGUCCCGUUGCUGCCGCUACCCACUGACUGUUGAUUUUGAGGCCUUCGGCUGGGAUUGGAUUAUCGCCCCCAAGCGGUACAAAGCCAACUAUUGUUCAGGCCAGUGCGAGUAUAUGUUCAUGCAGAAAUAUCCUCAUACCCAUCUGGUGCAGCAGGCCAAUCCCCGGGGCUCAGCUGGGCCUUGCUGUACACCCACCAAGAUGUCCCCCAUCAACAUGCUGUACUUCAAUGACAAACAGCAGAUAAUCUAUGGCAAAAUCCCUGGCAUGGUUGUUGACAGGUGUGGAUGCUCUUAAACCCUCGACCUGUCCUGCCACUCCUUCCUCAUGAUUUCCCUGGAUUCCUGCUUCGAUGAUGCAUCCUGACACUGAUGAAUCCAUUCCUGAUCAUCUUAAAACAUUUCUGAAGAGAAAAUAAUUGUGGGGAAAGAACAAGAUGGAUAGAAUUGUAUUGAAAAUCUCUGAAGUGACAUCAUGCACUGUGCAAUAAUCAAAACAGACGUCACGUUACUGGAGAGUGAAUGAGUUGGCUUGGAUCAAUACUUUCCUCGCUGAGGCAGAUCUGAAAUGACCUCUUCUCUUCCGAAACCCUUUGUUUGACCCAUCAUUGCUCAAGCUUUACUUUUACUGGUAUUGUUUUUCUUCCCAACCCCCUUUCUCUCUCAAUCUGAGAGUAAAAUGAUUACAAAGUGGGGAAAGUUCAUCAGAAAGAGAGAGGCUCUUCAACCCGUUUACAAACAGUGAAAGCUUCCUAGAUUGUGAUUGUUAAGUUAAAUAAAAUGUUGUAUGGAGCUAUAGAGAUAAAGAGGGGAAAAAGAGGUAAAUAUUUUGUAUUAAGAUGAAGAAAGACAGAGAAAGGGACCAGCCAGCUUGGGGAAUAUUUGGCAUUUUGGGGGGUGGGUGGGAGGGUGAAUAUGAUGUGGGACUUUGAGGGUUGCUGAACCUGCCUGCCUUUUGUGAGACAGACUCCCUUAAAAGUUAGGAGAUGCCCAAGAAACAGAAACUAGAGUCCACUUGCAAUGUUUUUCUCUGAUGCAUAGUUCCAAGGUGAUGAAGUAGAAGUGUAGUCCGUAGACUUAGACGGGUGUUGGAGGAGCUGUCCAAUCAGAGGAAAAAUUUAAUUCCAUCUGCCUUGGGUGUAAGUCCACCUCCUUAGUUUCAGUAUCCCUCAUGCAGAUUGACACUAUCCACUUCAAAGUGGAUAUCUUUCAGUGUUAGUGUCCUUAGGAAACUGUAAACUCAACUCAUUGAAUUCAAAGUUGCUGUUAGCUUAACAUGUACUUAACCUAAGUUCAUUUUUGAAGUAGUGGGGAAAAGAGUCUUGUUCAUGUGAGGACAAAGGAUCUCUGUCCCCUUUUACUCCUCUGGCAUAAUUUGGCUUAUACCACCAAGGGUUUUCACUUGCAGGGUAGGAGUCUGUCAAAGAUGCAGUAGAGGAGAAAUAUUUCCUUUAUUUAUUGAAUCAUUCUCUGCAUUGGAGCUUUCCUUUAAGCAUAACUUUUGUUUAAUGUUUCAGUGAUGAAGGCCCCCUCCCACCCAAUGUAUAUAUAGAACUAAUGGUUUUCUUUGCUAACUGAACUAGACACACACAUAUGAUUUGGCUACUUGCAAGAAUUGUUUCUAAUGGCUAGAGCAGGAAUGGGGAGCCCAUGUCCCUCCAAGAUGAUGUUGGGCCACCACUCCUAUCAUCCUUGACAAUUGGUCAUGUCAGCUGAGGCUGAUGGGAUGUGAAGUCUAAUAGCAUCUUAGGGGCUGCAAGUUCCCCAUCUCUGGGGAAAAUGGCUUGUUGGUGUUAGGCAGUUUUUAAUAACACAGCAGUCGCACGAGUGCGUUGCUGUGUCUGGCUCCUCUUCACCUUCACUGUUGUAUCAAUGCUCUUUUUAUUCUAAAAUGCACUUAUGUAGAUCCUUAACCUGUCUAUAGCCUUCCAUGAAACUACAGUGUGACCUUCCUUUCCCUAACCAAGAAACACAGUGCAAUUCUGCUUCCUACUAUUUGAGGCAACAAAGCCCAGGAUAACAUAGGGAAAUUAUACAUUAACUCAUAAAAAGAGAUGCAAUGGUCUCUAAUUGUUUUUAUGCCACAGAAUGUAUUUAAUCUAGAGUUGGUGUUACUUUUUUUCAACAGUAUAUUGAAAAGAUCAUUCCUCUUCAGAUGAUGAAACACUAGCCAAACACUGGGCAUUUAGCAAAUGCCAUAUUUGAGCUUGAUUUCUAGGUUUAGAAACUGGCAUAGAAGGGUCAGAUAGAAUGCCUGCUGAAGCCUCUACACUGAUGUCCCCAGACAGAUGUAAGUUACUUGAUAAUGCCAAAUUGGUUGUAGAUAUUGUCACUGGCCUCCUUCGAGUCGACAGCCUUGGGAAGAUGUUGGGUUAUUAUGGAUUUCAUAUCCAUGGCUUACGAUUCUUAGAAUCAAAGGAGGAUAUAAAAGUUUAAAUAGGAGAAGCUCUUAGGGGAGUAUAAGGUCUUGGUAAUUGUGGUGUUACCUAUAAUGGCUCUAAAUGUGGAGUCAAGGUGUUGAUUCCAGUGUGGAUUUUCAACCCAAGUGACUAAUGCUAUACUGCAAUUUGGAGCCAACAGAGCAACCCAUUAGUUAGUGGUUCACAUCCUAUGUGAAUUAGAAAUUGUUGCUGUUUGAUAGUCACCACAAUUCAACCAUUCCCUGUAAAUUUUCCAUCUGUGAUGGGACAAAAGUUUGAAUGUAGUCUGUUUGGGGGGAGGGGGGACUCACUUGUUCAAUUAAGCAGCCAAAUUAUAGAUUGAAGGAGCCACUGAAAUAUUGUUCUCAAAAGCUGAAGCACUUAGGCAGAUGAAAUGGCAUAUAUAGUGAACUUUGUUUCUUGCAGAAGUAUUUCUAUAUUCAAAUAGGAAAAAAAGUUAGGUGUAGGAAAGCUCUUAUAGUGAAUAGGUGGCCCCAGGUUAUUUAUGGCAUUUAGAAAGUAGACUUACGCACCUCUAUUUGUGAGGUCAAAGUAUGAAUUCUAUUCAUGCAAGAGUUUGCUUCUGCAGGCUGUUCAUAAUUUCUCCAAUAAAUCUGAGGUGCAGAAUUUGCAGUUGCUUAAUGAAGGAAGGGGAAAGAGCAAAUGAGAAUUCUCUCUGAAGUAGACAAUGCCUGAUUGCGCCAAACUGGAACAAACAGUCAGGCUCAGACUACUCAUACCAUUGUGGCGUCUUUACUUCCCUUCUGCUAUUUUCAUGACAGUAUGAAAUCAGAAUCCCUGUUUCUCCAGAGUUCAGCUGUCCCUGCUGCUUCAGGGCUUGUUUCUCCACUUCUCUGCUUGGGACUGUCUAGCGAGCUGCUGUGUGGCAUGAUGCAACCCUUCAGAAAUUUCUGUCAUGGGUCUGGAACCUGGGUGUGGGGGUGAUGGACUGGAGGGGAGUCUGUAGCAGACCCUGGAGCCAAGUGUUUGUUCAAAUUUUUUAGCAAGACUCUUUUGAGCCACCCAUCAACUUCUUUGCCAGAAUUACAGCUGUUCUAUUGCAUGAAAGCAGCUAAACUAUGUCACUCGACUUCUCCUGAAGUUGCUUUUUUUUUUUGAUGGAUAAAGAAUCAGAUUAGACCACCAGGAACUAAUUCAUCCUACAGAUUACCACCUUUCAAAAUCUAGCACUUAUUGUAUUAAAGAAGCUGUGUACAUCACCACCCAGUUCAAUUCUUGUAUGGACAAAUUUUGGUCCUUUUGUAGGUCGAUACAUACUCUGGAAUCUUUGCCUUCCUGAUCUGAAGUUACAGGGUACCAGAAUGUUGGGCAAACUUUGAAUGAAGGCUUGGAUGAAGGUGCAUAGGAUGAGACGCUGUGGAAAAUCUUAACUCCCUACCCUGCCUCUUACCCUGUUGCUAGGGAGUUCAAUGCUGCCCUAGCUAAGCAAAAUCUUAGCACUUCUCAUGGGUUUAAACCCUAAAAUCCAAAAAAGGGAACAGUCCCUUGCUCAAGGUUGCACAGAGAUCAGCUCUUUUUUGCGCUACACUACCCCUCUCUAGCACUUAUAGACUGAAGCGCUUCACUCUUUUUCAAAGCACUCAAACUUACCUUUUCUUAUGCUAAAUUACAUUAACUUAACUUUGUGCAAAUGAACUAGCUAGCUUAAGUAUAUACAGGACAGCAGCUCUGCAGAUGGAAGCCCAUGACAGGAUUUAAGCCAGGAAUCCUCAGCGAUUUGGGGUCACUUGGAUUUUUUAAGGUGACUGCAAAGCAUUUAAGUUCUCAAUAUGUUAUAUUUGUUACCUUCAUUUCCUUUUUCUGCAGCUUGUAUUUUGGGUGGAUCAUUAGAUUAAAAACAACAGAAACGAAAUUAUAGUUUCCUUCAUAGUGUGCCACCAAGCAUCACAAAAGAGAAUAUCAGAAAUAUGAAGGACAUAUCUUGCUAGUUUCAUAUUAAAAUAUACUGUAUUUAGAAUAAAAAGCUGAGGGAAGAGAAGUGUACUUACUACAUGUUUUUUUACUGUGAGAUUUAUCUAACAAAAAUAUAUUCCAGCAAUUUGACAUGAGUGGAAUUGGUAUUUUUUAUCAAUGGGGAAUCUGAGCAGUUGCUACAUGGUGAUGUAGAGCAAUGUCAUUCUUUUUUCUCUCCAGUUCCUGAGAAAUCAAAAGAAAUAAAUCUCUAAUUGUUGUGAUUGAUCGGAACAGCUUUCUCUGGAAGUCUGAAGAGAAUCUGGUAUUUGAAGAAAUGUCACCAGUCCUUUUGAUGCAAUGGAAAAUGAUGAUCGAUUUCAUUUGUUCUUGUUCUUUCUCUGAAGGAUUCCAUUGCUGUGGGCCUUUGCCAGAUGUACUAAAGAAGUCACUUGUACAGCAAUACUUUAAUCAAGCCCAGUUACCUCUACUUCAUGCCUCUGCUUUUCCCUUUGGAAAAUAUUAGCUUUGUAGGAUCUCUCCUUAAACUGGGAAAGAGCAUAGGAGCAGAUGGUUCAAAGAAAAGAUGUGAGAUGGGAUUCCUUGAUUGAUGCCAUUGACUUUACCAAGUGAUCUUUAAGGGAUGACACCACUUCUUUGCAUAACAGCAGGAUAUAUAUAUAUAUAUAUAUAUAUAUAUAUAUAAGAGAAAGAGAGAGAGAGAGAGAGAGAGAGAGAGAGAGAGAGAGAGCAUAUUGAUCAGCUUGUGAGUUAAGGAGCUAAGGCCCUCCACUAGAGAUUGGUGAAGAGGUACAGAAAAGGAAGAUGACUUUUAAAGGAAAAGAAAUAAUCAGGCACUGGUCUCUUUCCCCAUCUAGUUCAUUCCUUAAUACAAAGAACAUUUGACAUUAUUCCUCUUCUAACGUUAGUUGAAAUACAGUUGCUUUUCUUACUGGAACACCACUGUUAUCAUUACCCACUCUGGCAACAAGGUCAAUUUGACAAUCAGGACAGUGUUGAAGAACCCAUUUUCUUAACAGAUUCAGGAGGACUGUGCCUGCAGCCUCCUCAGUCCAACAGACUUGAUGUACCUGAACCAUGAAAAUCCAAUUCAGACUGGCAACAGCAUGCUUUACUAAUUUAAUGAGGGUGUGCUUCCUAGAGAGCCAAGUUACUGAUAUAUAACACACACAUGUAUAACACUGGCUUUGAUAAAGGACUAGGGGUUUGAGAAACUCAGUGUUACUUUUUGUCCAAAGGAUGCAACUUUCAUGUUUGCUUUCUAAAGUGCAUAAGUGUACAGUAUCUAUGCAUGCUUAGAAAGCAAAGGGGAUCUUGAACUGGUCUUACAGUGUACAGGAGGCAAUUCUAGCUAGUAUCCUGUUACAACUCUUGUCUUCCAGCCCCUUGCCUCUCUGCUUCUGGAAGUAUAAAAAGAAGUAGAACAUGAGUUCAGAUUCAGUUGCAGUGGCCACAUCACUGGUUUUAUGUCACACUUAAAACAGAGUUAUGUGUUCUGUUAUUGUUUUAGAAGGAAUUGUGGUUGGAAGCUGAAAAGAGGGAAGUGUAUAGAAGUGAGAUUUCAGGUUAGCAGUGUCAUACUCUCAGACUGUUAUAUCUGGCACUAUUCUAUAAAAACAGAGUAGGAAGAUAGUUGUGCAGUUUGUUUUAAAAUCAAUAAGCAGGCUUGAGUUUUGUUUCUGGGACUGAAAUCAGAAUGUUUGAAUUGAAAAAGGAAUGUGACAAUAACAUGCAGAUGACUGUUAAUCUGUGAUAGGAAAAGCAUGAAUCAAUGUGAUAAUCCUCACUGAUGUGGCAUAUUACCUCACGCAGCUAUCUAAUAUCUAGCAGAUAUUAUUACACAAAAUCUCCAUUCAGAGAGGACCGUCGCAACAAAUGUUCCACAAAAACGCUUCUUCCUAGAACCCAGUUUGAAAUCUGCCAAGACCAGCCAGGGUUUAUUUUGCUGUUAUGUUAUCAGAUACUUGAUUUUAAUCUUGCUUUAAGAAGUUGUUCUUAGUUGAACUGCUAUGGCACAGGGCCACAUACUUUGCACUACACAACUCUUCCCUGUUGCGAGACGCAGAGGGGGGAAGUGUACGACAAAACUAUUUUUCAUUAAAUAUAAUUUCCUGUUGGUGGCUUUGCUCAGCUGUAGGGGGUGGAAGGAUAUAGACACAUCAUUGUGGAAAACUGAGAUGAUCAUGGUCAAAUUGGAUCCCUAGGAGUUGGGCUUCUUCCAAUGGGACAUCUCCAAAUGUCUAUUUUUGAAUGCAGUGUAGUUUUCCAAAAAACAGUUCAUUGCUGUGACUUGCUUGCACAGUCAGCAGAGAAACAGGACACAUUUUUAAAACUUGUUAUAACAGCAGACAUUCAAAAUGAUUAGCUGAAAAUAGCUGAAGUUUAGAGUUAACACAGAAUAUGCAAUUAAUUGUAUUGGGAUGGAAUCACUGUCUUGGGAUAUGCCUACAAGUAGCUCAUUAGAUGCAUUUGUACAUCACAGAGACUAUGGUCAGAAGGGAUUGUUGAGGGAAUGGCUGAUAACUGGAGAACAUUUUCAUAACCUCUCUAUUAUUUUUUUACCAGUUCAUUGUGUUUUGGUUAAUGCGUACCUCAUUAAUAUAGAGCAGACAUAGGGACCCCAGGGCCCUCCACAUAUAGUUGGACUCCUGGUUCUUAUUAGCCCCAGAAAGCAUGGUAAAGGAUGAUGGGAGCUGUAGUCCAUCAACACCUGGAGAGCCAAAGGUUCCCAUUCCUGAUAACAGAGUUUCUGGUUAGUGAAGAAAACUUAAGAGUGAUGGAGAAUCUAUUCCUGAAUCUCACAUGUGGAGAUAAAAGUCCCAGUAGAACAAAUGCCAUUAAGGAUUGUUUUGAGAGGCAUGCAACCUGAUCCCAUGAACGCUUAUUCAGAAAUAAGCCCUGCUAUGUUCAGCAAUGCUUACCUUGGGGUAAGUGCGCUUAGGACUGCAAUGAUACAGUCCAUUUUACCGUUCAUUUCCUGUUAAACACUAAUGCAGCCUACCCAUUAAGUACGGUACACAAAAUAGAUGGGCAGGUCUCACCUGAAACGUGGAUGUUUUCUUUCUGGGAUUUGGGUGGUUUGAUUCCCCACCCUACCCUUCUACUGCCCAAUGGUGCUAAACUAGAAAGAUAAUUCCAAUUCACCUGCUACUAGUGGCUCCUUUGAUGGGAUAGUAUUUUGCUUUGGGUAAUUUGACUCACAAAAGGCAAACAGGCAUGGCUAUUUUUGGAUGUAUGCAUGUAAAUAUCAGUCCUACAAGUAUAUUAUUAUUAUUAACUUUUUUGUUGAUGUUACUGUGCAUAAAUGUCAUAGGGGUGUAUGAGUGAGUGUGAGCGCGAGUGUGAGCAUGUGAGCGCAUGUGCCUGUGGGUAUGAAAUGAAGAAAUGAGUUUGAGGAUGACAAGUGACACAGGCAAAGUAUUUUUUAAAUCACAUGACCAAAAGGCCAUUCACUGGUUAAGAUUGUUUUUGUUUGUUUGUUUUGAUCACAUGACCAAACACAGCACUUGAACAACAAAAUAAAAAUGUAAAAAUAUAUAAAAAAAUUAAAAUAUAAAAAAAUAAGAGUUCAGAGCUUUUCACUCCAGUCCUGCAUGUGGGACGUGCAUAGCUGUCAUCUCAACCUUUCCAGAUGGAAACCCAUUGGCUGUCUUGAGACUGACUGCCAAUGAGGGGAAACUGGGAUUCUGAGAGGAAAGCUAAUGCCACUAUAGCAUGCAUCGUGCCAUAUAGUCAUUUUAGUUUCCCCAAGAGGUGCAAGUUGGUUUUAGGUCCAUGGCUGGUGUUAAUCAACAGGGACUUCUGUUGUAUUGGGGCAGUGUGUGUCCCAUUCACACCUAUCCACCAACAUCUUGAAUGGCUGCCUUUCUCUACAAAAGGGAUACCAGUUCACGUUGGAAGCAAGAGGCCAUCCUAUCAGGACAUUUGAGGAGGCCUCAGAGACUUUGCAGGAGUGAAGCAAAGCAUCUGGACUUAAAAAUGCUGAAUGUUCACUGUAAAAAUUGUCUGUAUUGAAAGACUGCUUUGGGCUAAGGUACCAUUUGCACUAUAGAAGGUUAAAGAAAAUUUAAAGAGACUAGGAUGGGCUUUCCCUUUUGUGACACACCCUAGAGCUCAAGAAGAGAUACUUUUAUGUCUGUGCUUUCUCUUUUUGUAAUGGCUGUGUGUGAAGAUUAGUGCAUAUGAAUCUUGGUGUCGAAUCCUUUCCUGCCGAAGGCAAUACACUGCGUAGUUCUGCAAUCUCAGCAACCACACAUUGUUAUAUCUGACUUCCAAGCCACAAAGUGUCUUGUUACUGCCAUGCCACUGAAUACAAUGCUCAUAGGGCAAACUAACUCACUAGCUGAUUUCUCAGUGAAAUAAACACCUACCGGCCAUUUAGGUACUUCUUCUUGCUAUCAAAUCUUUCUGAAGAUCUUUAAUAGUUUAGAAUUAGUCAGCCAAUGUCCAGCUAGCUUUAGUUUCCCCCAAGUUGUCAUGGACGAGCGAGAAGAACCCAUGCCAAAUAAUUAAGUCUGGGAGAAGAGGCUGAAGUUAGACUUUUAGCACAAUUACAGAUUGUGCCUCAUUUAUGGGGAAAAGAGGAGUCCUAGAAAGACAGUUUUUUGCUGUUUCCUGCGAGUCAAGAAUGUGUCAACAGGAGAAUGGAUGGCAUAAUACUUAGUACUAAAGGGCUUGCUCUUAAAACUAUUUAACUCUUCUGUGAGCUUCAGCACCAGUUUUGGUGUAACUUUGAGGCAAAUUAGCUUUAUCUCUGUAUCAUCUGUGGAACAGGGAUAUCUUUUAUACCAGUAGUAUGAGACUUAAUUACAGAAUCCAGAAAUGAGGAAAACGUAAAGGCACAGAAAUGACUGACAGUUACUCUAAGUGGGGUGGGGCGUGAAGUGGUGGAUUUUUUUUUAAAACCCCGCCCAUUGAUUCCAGUGGGGGGAAAUUAUUUAUACCAGCUUUAGGCUGACAUAGGUGGAGAGAACCUGAUCGUUGGGCCUCUCUCAAGAGAAUGAAGGGGACUUUAACCUAGUAGACUCAAAUUCACCCCAACCCAUCCCCACUCUGCAAUGUCCAUGCUGCAUUCCAUGGGCAUCUCUGCCUAAUCCUAACCCCUCCAGCCAGUGGAUCUGAGUGUUAGGACUACUCUGUAAAUUUUUCAGUACAGUGGUACCUUGGUUUAAGAACAGCUUAGUUUAUGAACAACUUGGAUUAAGAAAGCUGCAAACCCGGAAGUAGGU